AUGGCAAAAGAACGUGUUAUGGCGAUGAAAAGAAACACCAGCGAGCUGACGAACGUAUCAUUGGGGAUGGGAACACAUAUAGAGUUUGAGAGAAUCGGAAUUUAUGAGCACCUAUCGCCACGUAUGCAAGAGGUGUUUUACCAAGUCAAGAAUCUUCAAAAGCGAUGCAAUUUUAAAUAUUGCUGGAGCAAGUCUGCGAACAUAUAUUUGAAAGAAUAUGAUACUUCUCGUGCAGUCAGGAUACGGUCCUUGGAGUGAUUUCGAUCGUUUUGAGCAACAAGCGCAACCAUCUCGACGCCCAUCUGAUGAGCAUAGAUAAGUUAUUACUAUAGUCUUUCUUUUAUUAUUUAACUUAUAAGUUAUAAAUGUGUGAAAUCAAUACAAGCGCUAGAAGUAUGAUUAAAUAUUUGUUUCGUGAACUGCCGUACAACGGAUAUAAUAUUGUACAAAGCCAUGGUCAAUUUAAUAAUAGCCUAACCAACGAACUGCCUACUAAAAGAAAUUUAAAUAAACUACCCUGCAUGUAUGACAUAGAUUUCUUUAAUUUGAAUGUAAAUUCUAGCAAAAACCCUGAUCGUAAUUCUCAUUUUGAACCUAUACAAAGUAGAUAUUAUUCACCUCAUAGUUUUUCUUGCGCAAAAAAAUCAUUGGAAAACCAUUCUAUAUCCUUUCUUCAUAACAACAUAAGAAGCUUAAGACGAAAUAUUGAUAACUUUCAAAAUCAUCUUCUGAGUGAGCUUGAGUUUAAUUUUAGCAUUAUUGGGAUUAACGAAACUAGAAUAGGCAAUAUACAGACACUUUAGACUUUGAUUAUAAUAUUCCAGGCUAUCAGUUUGAAUACGUACCCACGCCUUUGUCAGCAGGAGGUGUUGGAAUGUAUGUUAACAGUGAACUUCAUUAUAAAGUACUUGAGAAAACAACUAACGAGGCUUUUCAAGCCCUUUGGAUUGAAAUACAAUGUGAAAAUAAGAAAAACAUAAUAUGCGGAGUCUUCUAUAGACAGCACAACUCCCCAGGGAGAUUUCAAAAUUAUUUUGAUGAGAGUCUGGAAAGAUUUGGUUCAUUGAACAAACCUGUUUACAUAUUGGGUGAUUUUAACAUAAACCUCCUCCGAAUUGAGACCUGUUCGUAUGCUCAUAACUUUUUACUUACAAUGCAAAGUUAUGGAUUUAGUCCAACAAUAGAUAAACCAACUAGAGUUCACAAAGAUUCGGCUACGCUCAUUGAUAAUAUUCUUAUCAAUAAAACAAACGGUUCAGUUCAAAGCG